CUGGAGGAACCCCGGUUGGGUGCGGCUGGGCCUCUGCGUCGCGGGCCUGGUGCUAUCUUUCUACGCGCUGCACGUGAAGGUGGCGCGCGCCCGAGACCCAGACUAUCGCGCGCUCUGCGACGUGGGCACCGCCAUCAGCUGUUCUCGCGUCUUCUCCUCCAGGUGCGCGCGGAAGUGGAAAGCAUGGGGCUUUGGGGACCAGGUGUACAAUGGCAGCCAGGUUGCCGGAUGAUUUUGGAGUCUGAGAUCAAAGCCCUCGGGCAAGUACACUCUGAAGGUUGACUGCUCCAGACGGUGUGCGCAGAAGCUGGGCCACUCGGACAUACUGGUGUUCAGAUGCAUGUCGGGCAGGGGGCAAGGAUUCUGGGGAAUCGCACGUGGACCCGAAAGCCGAGGAAUAACGGUGGACAGGAACGGGGGAGGUGGGGCCGAGGCUUCGGGCUGGUGGAGCACGUGCUGGGAGCAGACAGCAUCCUCAAUCAAUCCAACAGCGUAUUCGGGUGCAUUUUUUACUCGCUACAACUGUUGUUAGGUAGCCUUCGGGGACGCUGGGCCUCUGUCCUGCUGGUGCUGAGUUCCCUGGUGUCCCUUGCUGGUUCUAUCUACUUAGCCUGGAUCCUGUUCUUCGUGCUCUAUGAUUUCUGUGUUGUCUGCAUCACCACCUAUGCUGUCAAUGUGGGCCUAAUGUGGCUUAGCUUCCGGGAGUUCCGGGAGCCUCAGGCCAAGGCCAAGCAGCACUGAGCCCUCAGCCCAAACUAGGAUGACCUCAUUGGCUUAUAGCCCAUAGCCUUGCCCAAGCAGGCCGUGUCUGGAUCCCUUGAAGGCCCUGCAUUUUCCCCCAGCCAUGCAUAACCACACACAGGAAAGUGGACCAAAUAUGCCUCUCGAUCUCUCCAAGGGCUGGUUUCUGCCCUGCCUUGGGAGGGAAGGUUCUAAGCAAUAAAAUUUCCUAAAUAAGUUG